AUGGCUACCGCUGAUAUCAAUAACAUGGCUGUAUAUAACUCAAUCUUAGCUUAUUGUCAUUUAGAUUUCUUUUUGAACUAUGAUGAAGUAGCUCAAGUGCCAGGUUUAAAGCAGAACAUUCCCAGUACUGCAGUGAAUUAGGGAGGAUAAAACUUAGAUGAGUCCUUUGAAAAGUAAAAGCCUCCCAGUGGGGUUAUGAAAUGCAGUAUGAGAUUGAUUGGAGCUCUUACUCGAAUAUUUGAGAAGGUGGGAAUCAUAAAUUUCCAUCAUUUCUUGUUUCUUGCUUUGCUAGGAAUCAUUACUGCUAUUAUGGCUUUCAUAGUUGAUUUGAUUUCAAUGAACAUGAUCGAUCUUAGCAAUCUUGAGUACAAUUACUAUAUUAGAUUCGGUAUAUAUGUGGCAACCGCUGUAUUCUUCAUGAUAAUUGCUGCUUCAGUAGGAGCAUUGAUCAGUACUGAGGCUGAGGGCUCAGGCAUUCCUGAAAUGAAGGCUAUAAUUGCUGGAAUAGAUAUUUACAAAUAUUUAUCAUUGUAGACAUGCUUUGGUAAAAUGAUUGGACUAAUAGCUGGUUUGAUUGGAGGACUACCUAUUGGAAGGGAAGGCCCAUUUGUGCAUAUGAGUGCAUGCAUCGCAUCUAAGCUUGCAAAAUUUAAGUGUUUUGAUGAUAUUAAUAACAAUUAAGCCUUAAAAAAGACCAUGUAUUCUGCCGCUGUAGCUGCAGGCAUGACUGUGGCGUUUGGAGCACCGAUGGGGGCUAUUAUGUUUUCAAUUGAAGUAUCAACAACUUAUUAUAUGGUCAGCAAUCUUUUCAAAUCCUUUUUCUGUGUGACUUUCAGUAUAAUUGUCUAUAAAGUUCUUGAAAUGCUUAAAUGGUUAGUUCUCUAUCAGCCAACUAAAUACCCAAUGGCUAUUACAGUAGAUCAUGAGAUUUUUUUAGUCGCAUUGUUAGGGAUAAUUUGCGGGUUAUUUGGGGCAGUAACCAUUUAAAUCAUGACAAAAAUCAUAUUUUUAAGAACUAGACUAAAGGUCCCUAUCCUAUCAGAUAGAUGGCUUUGGUGCAUUGGAGUUGGUCUUGUUGUAGGAUUAACUAAAUUUCCUGUUAGUUUUAUGAUGGAAAGUGAUUAUCGUAUUUUAAAUCACAUGUUCGCAAGCCACGAUCUUGACACAUCUAGUGAAUUAUGGAGCAAACCGAACACUCCAUUCAAUCUCUCAAUUUAUUGCAUUCUGUAAGAAAUCCUGUAGUUAACCAUUUAGGAAAUUCAUUCUGAUUAUCUUGGCUACAUGCUCACCUAUACCAGCUGGUAUGAAGGAAUCUAUGCCAUUGUUGGUGCAGCAUCAUUAGGAGGCGCUAUUACUAGGACAGUUUCAAUAGCUAUGAUUGUUUUUGAAAUUAUAGGACAAACUAGUCACAUGAUUCCUCUUCUUGUUGGAACAUUAAUGGCUUAUGCUGUCAGCAAUUCAAUCGCAUUAUCUGUGUAUGAUGCAUUGCUAGAAAUAAAAAACCUUCCAUUCCUUCCCACAAUGUCAGGAGUUACGACCUAUAGCUUAACAGCCAAAGAUCUAAUGAAUGAAAACUUCCUUUACUUAACCUCUGAUUCUAGUAUCUCGGAUAUUGCUAUAAUCGUUAAUUAAGUUGGGUAUAGGCCUGCCACAAUACCAGUAGUAGAAACUGCUAACAGAAAGACUUUGCUCUUUACUGUACAGGCUCAACUACUUAGAAAAUAUCUAUUCAGAAUUUACAAAUUGGCUUCUAAAAAGCUUGAACCAGAAAUUCAAAUGGUCUUGAAUCAAUAUUUUUAUUCGCUAAAUUGUAUUAACAACUAAUCUGAUGCAGCCCAUAAAGAUAUUACGGUUGACCCACUUGUAAAUUAGAGAGAAUAUCAGCUUUAACAACUUAGUGUUAUAAAUAGAUAAUCUGGUUUCUCAAGAAAUAGAAGUGGAUUUAGCGCCUCAUUAUUAGAUGAUUAAGAGGGAAAUGAUUAUCAAAGAAGAAUUGAAAGAUAAUAGCUUGCCUUAGAAGCAUUUUGGAAGACACCAAUAAAUUAUGAAGACCCAAUUCUAUCUAAAGACAUUGCUCCAUUUAUAGUAAUGCAGGAUACUCCAAUGUCAAAGCUCCACUUCCUUUUUAUCAUGCUCAACAUUUCAUAAGUUAAUGUAGUUAAGAAAGGUAUUAUUACUGGCAUUAUAACAAAGCUUGAAUUUGUAAAGAAGAGGAAAGAAGAGCAAAAAAUUAAAAGAAAGGAAUAAAGAGCCCAAAAGAAAUUACAAGGAGGACUCUAUACAGAUAUUGACAAACCUGGAAGAGAGGAGGGAAUUUUAGAUAGACCAGCAGUACCUGAUCAAUUAUAGAACUCAGGUUAUGUAUUAGAAAGAGAAGAACAAAAAUAAGAAUAAUAGACAAACUAAAGAGUGUCAGAGAAAAAGGAAACUGCAUAGUAAUAGCACAAAGAAUUUGAAUAAGAGAGGUAAAACCUUUUAAUAUAGCAAAGAGAUGAUAGUGAUGAAGAGAGUGAUAAGGAUCAAUAAUGA